CAAGGCAGAAGUGAUCGUUACAGACGGAGUUCGCACCGGAGCCUGAAGCACAGGUGACGGGACUCGGUGGCUGUAACGGCGGGAGAUGCUUGAUCUUUCCUCAUCAUGGAGAAUCACGUGUUUGGGUCUGUAGAAGAGCGGACCUUCCAGUACCAGGACUCCCUCCCUCCUCUCCCCGUCCCUUCCCUGGAGGAGUCUUUGUCUAAGUACUGUGACUCAGUAAAACCCUUUCUGAAAGAAGAAGAAUAUAAGAAGACUUGUAGGAUCGUGAAAGACUUUGGAAAUGGAAUAGGCAAAGAACUCCACCAGAAGCUCCUAGAGAGGGCAAGAACGAGGAAAAAUUGGCUGGAGGAAUGGUGGCUGAAUGCAGCGUAUCUCGAUGUACGGAUGCCGUCUCAGCUCAAUGUCAACUUUGGCGGCCCUGCCCCUUACCUGGAGCAUUACUGGCCUCCUAAACUUGGCACCCAGCUCGAAAGGGGGAGCAUAACGGCAUAUUAUACCCUGAAAUACUGGGAUCUCAUCAGGAGGGAGAAGCUGGCCGCUCACAAGGCGAGGGCUUCACCCCUGGACAUGGCCCAGUUCCAAAAUUUGUUCAACACCUGCAAGAUCCCCGAUGUGACCAGAGAUCGCAUUUGCAACUACUUUAAGACUGAAUCGGAGGGCAGCUGUCCCACUCACCUGAUUGCCAUGUGCCGGGGACGGAUCUUCACCUUCGAAGCUGUUCUCAACGGCCAGAUCCUCUCUCCUCCAGAAAUAUUAAGGCAGCUUUCGUACAUCCAGAACCUUUGCCAGAGUGGCCGGGACGGCCUGGGACUGUCCGCAUUGACCACAGAGGAGCGAACGCGCUGGGCCCUGUCUCGUGAACACCUCAUUAGCCUCGACCCAAAGAAUUUAUCUCAUCUGGAGCGGAUUCAGAGCAGUUUGUUUGUUGUGUCUCUCGAUGACGAAUGUCCCGAUGGAUCGCCCGAGGAUUACAGCCAGAUGACCUGGAUGGCCUUGGCUGGAGACCCGACUAUACGCUGGGGUGACAAAUCCUACAACUCCAUCUUGUGGCGCAAUGGCGUGUUUGGCUCUAACUGUGAUCACGCCCCCUAUGACGCCAUGGUGCUUGUGGCAUUAUGUGACUACAUUGAUCAGAACAUCAAGGCCUAUGAGGGGCGCUGGAAGGGCUCGCCCUUCGUCCGGGAGCUUCCAGAUCCCGAGGAGAUGGUCUUCACUGUGGAUCAGAAGGUUAUAGAUGACAUUGCUCUGGCCAAAGCUCAGUAUCACACUCAGGCUUCUGAUUUACAGGUCGCCAAUUACGCCUUUACGUCUUUUGGAAUGCAUGUGAAGAAGAAGAAACUUCACCCAGACACAUUUGUCCAGCUUUCCCUCCAGUUGGCAUUUUACAAACUUCAUGGACGCCCCGGUAGCUGUUACGAGACGGCUACAACUCGGAUGUUUUAUCACGGUCGCACAGAAACCAUGAGGCCGUGUACAGUGGAAGCUGUAAACUGGUGCCGCUCCAUGCUGGAUCCGGCUUCUACUCACGCCCAACGCCGGGAACUGAUGCUGAAGGCAUUUGCAAAGCAUAACAAGAUGAUGGAUGAAUGCCAGCUUGGCAAAGGAUUUGACCGCCAUCUACUGGGUCUUCUCCUUAUUGCAAAGGAACAAGGACUUGCCGUACCAGAGUUGUUUAACGACUCCGCUUUUACAAAGAGUGGAGGAGGCGGCAACUUUGUCCUUUCCACGAGUCUUGUCGGCUACACAUCGGUCCAUGGAGCUGUAGUCCCCAUGAUACACGAUGGAUAUGGCUUUUUCUACAGAAUCCGAGAUGAUCGGAUUGUUGCAGCCUGCACUGCCUGGAAGUCCAGCCCUGAAACCGAUGCGGAUAAGCUGUGCCGGACCGUGUUCCAGAACUUCCUUGACAUGGUGCAGCUGAUGCUCAGCCCUCAGCUGUAGUUGGCGUCGACCACACGACUGUUUGUUCUUAAUUUUCUUUUUAGCACAAUGUUUACAGAUCAUUGACCACCGCAGUCCUACAGGCAGAGCCAGCUGCAUUGUCCUACCCAUAUUUAAAGGCGAGCUCCUCUGAGGUUGAGCUUUUGCCAUACAGAAAUUGCUUUCAGCAAUGUCAACUGCUGUUUGGGCUUCAGGGGUGCACUUACUUAUGCAACUGUCUGAAGUGCCCUCUGUUACCAUUGGGCCUUUCUAAUCUGUUAUGCACAGAUGUAUAGAAGUCUGCCUUGGUAAACUCUGUACCUAUUUUUGGUGACCGGGAGAUAGGAACACAUGAGAUAGUUGGAGUAGUUGCCCAUUGUGAGCAAUUAGAGGCCCUGUGAGGGAGAAAACAAAAACCUUUUGCCAUUGGCAACUACAGAUGUGUCCUCCUUGCCUUUUGUUCUUGGCUCAUUAUAUCCUGAGAAGUUUGUUUCAAGAUGACUAGCUUUGAAAAAAAAAAAAAAACAUGAUUUUGUGAUACUAUGUCACCAGAUGUCUACCCUACAUAUGUCUAUAUGUGGCCAUCUGGUGGUUUUGAUGUGAAUUGCACCCUGUAAAGGGUAAAAGUAUCCUGAAUAUUGUAUGGAGUUGUGUAUAGUGAGCAAAUUGUAAAGGUGGACUCAUCUGUAGUCUUUCUAUUGCACCAGUUUUAAAUCCCAGGUUUUCUACAUAUGUGGGUCACCUGGCUUCUUGAGAUUGGUGAUGAGAUUUGCAGAAUAUUUUGAGAGCAGAAUAUUGCUGACCUGUCCUCAGGAUAUGUUAUUAAUAUCUCUAAGGGGUGUCUGACACCCUGUACCCCCGCCGAUCAGCUGUUUGAAGAGGCUGGUGAGCCCUGCGGUCACUUCCUAGGCCAUUAAUGACACGUUCAUCAGUCACAUGAAUGGGCUUGGGCUGUAGUACCGAGCACAGCCACUAUACAUUGAACGGCGCUGUGCUUGGUAAGAAGAGAUCACCGGAACGCCGUGGGCUCUUCAAAUAGGUGAGCGGUGGCUGUGAUGGGAGUCAGACCCCCACCUCUCCGAUACUGAUGACCUGGGCAUAGGCUUUUAAUAUUCUACUCCCAGGAAGACCCCUUUAAGUAUCACCUAACUCAAUUACAGUAGUGCCACAGGAAAGAGCCUCGAAACAGGAGAUAGAGCAGGGAUCUCCUGUCAAUGUUCCCCAGUGAAGAACUCUACAGUCAUCUUCUCCUCAGACUAAAAUGGCUGAUAACAGGGAACGAAAGAUUGUAAUCCUAGUUAGACUAGAUCAGGGUUUCUCAACUCCUGUCCUCGGGACCCACCUACCGGUCACUUACCUGUGGUAAGUCCUGAUGCAUGGACACUAAUUAUAUCACCUGCUCAAUACUAAGGAAAUCCUGAAAACAUGACUGGCAGGUGGGUCCCGAAGAACCGCAGUUGAGAAACCCUGGACUAGAGAAAUAACAUGAUAGGCGCUGUCUUUUUCGGAUGGGGCUGUUUUAAAGAAAACAAGCUCGUGUUAUAUGCAGUAUUAGGGGACGUAGAGCAAAUACGAGGGGUGGAGAAGACCACAAGACUGAAAUCAGUGGCGGAUGGCCAUAGAUUCAGCGGGUAGCGGUUCACGCCUUAUUUUCCCAUAACAUGGUCAUAAGAAGGACAUUAGUCUAUUGGGCAGACUAGAUGGGCCAAAUGGUUCUUAUCUGCCGACACAUUCUAUGUUUAAGUAUUAUCACAGCCGUUUAAUUUCCAAAAGGGCUCCCAGCAGCAUGUCCUACCUCAAUGAACCCAAAGGGGGCAGUACUCUCGAUAGUAUCUGUGCCACCCAUUAGUUUAUUCCGCCAGUUUUCCCCACAAUGCAACCGGCUCUGUCUGUAUCGUGACGCCAAACAAUGCAAACCAAAUGCGUGAAACCGCGCAAAGUACAGAAUGCAAAAUCAAUGCAAUCUCGUAGGAAAGCCACUGGAGCGCAGCGGCCGCGUUGUGCGCAGGGAGGUCCGUCAGCCAUCACUUAUUUUAAUUAGAUGAUUUCGAAAUGCUUAGGAGUAAAUUAGACGCCAUAUUGCUAGAUUGCGCUUUACUUUUCAUAAAUUCACUGAGGUUGUCGGUACCGUCCGAAAUUCUGGACAUAAAAGAUGUCCUUACCUCUCAUCAUAAGUAGAUUUUUUUUUAUUUUUUUUUGCAUUUUUGGUUUUAAACCUAGUGAAAAAAAAAAUUUCAUUUAAAAAAAAUAUAUAAUAAUGUGAUAAAUCCUGAGCAGUAUUUUAUUUCUUAUGUAAUCACCCCUUUAAGUGGAGCACAUUCACCUACUGGGGCAACAUAAACCUGGUAAAUAUACUCAACGUUAGAGGGUAUGCCUAAGCAGAUGUAGUAAUUACUUAAAGGGGUUCUCCAUUUCAGGUUCUACUUGUUAAUAGGGCAUCUUGAUAAAAAGCAGAU